AGUACACCCCGAAACAUUUUCGCUAUCGUCUGCAUUGAAUCUUCGGUUCGCAAAAAUUUAACAAAUUUCUUCAUAAAAUUUAUUAUGACCAAAGUGAAAAUUAUUAAUUUAAAAUUCUAAACUAAAAAACAAACAAAAAUGAUGUAAAAUUGGUGUCAAACUUCUUUUUCUAUUGAUCGAAUUAAGCUUCCAAUUAUCGUGUCUCUCUGUAAAGAAGAAAAAAUAAAAAAGAGUCAAAGAAUCAGAGCCAAAAGGAAAACUCCUAAUUUUUCGUGAAUUGAACAUUUGCAAAAAGAGUACUCGCUGGUUUUUCUUUUUAAUGUUAUUAACUGUUUCGUCGUUAACUUUUUCCGACCAAAUUUCUUUUUGUUCCUGAACUGAAACUCAUAAAUUGCUCCGAAAAUCCCGUACGUGGUUGGAUAAUUUGUUCGUUCCUUUUGCCGACGACCGGAGGUGGAAAAAUUGAUUAAUAUUUUUUUUUUUAAUUAUUUUUCACUCAAGUCAAGGAAAAGAGAAUAAAUAAAGUUAUUUUAUUUCUCCUGUCCUAUUGCUAUCCAUCAUCUGUCGUAUAUCGUGUAGUGUUUGAUCGUGUAUCAGAGGGAGACAAGCACAUAAGUUGCAAUAAUUAUCGGACAGCAAUGCAGUGCGCAUAAGUGCAAUAGAAACAGUGUGUGGUUGUGGUGUGCUCCAGUUAGUACCUAAUUAGUUGCAAAGAGCCGGCAAAUGGGUGGCGGUGUUGGCAUGUAGUGCGACUGAGACAAACCUAUUUAACGUCAACUGCUAAGUGCCAACUGAAUGCGUGUGUCUGAAGAGAUACAACAUAUAGAGUGUGCUCUUGUGUUCUAAAUUUCACUCCAACAAGACAAGACGACGGGACAGACGGGCGACAAGAAAAGACGACGACAACGAGUGUUGUUUAUUUUGUUUUUGAUAUUUCGUCGAUUUCCUUGAAAAGAAGGAAGAAAGUAGAAAUACAAAGAAAGGAAGGAAUAGGAAAGAAAUUCCUUUAGCCUAUCCUCGUGUAAACUUCAACUGUCAGACAAAAAGGAUUUUCUGUUCUAAAAUAUUGCAACCAACAAACAAAAAUAAAUAAAUAAACUUUAUAUAAACAUUUCUGUUCCACAAAAUAAAUUAUUAUUGUUUUGUGUGUUGUUUUUCGGUUCUUUGAAUAAAAUUGGAAUUUUGUGAACUUUUGUUGUUUAUUUUUUGUGUGUGGUUAACGAACAAGUAAAAUAAUACAUCACAACAUUAUGAUCGAUCCGGCAGAUUUGCAAACGUUUUUGUCGAAAGUCGAAGGGGGUGCGGUUGGUGUUGAUCUUUUCAAAAUUGGACAAAAACAUCAUGAUGAACAUCCACCAAAUAUGAAAAACAACAAGCACAAUGGAAACUUCCGUGUUGCCUUGGAUAUUGAAGACUGUUUGGACAGAUUCUAUGGAGGCUAUUAUUCUGAUUGGGCCUGUGGUGGCCAGUGGAACAGGGCUUACCAGUUUGUACAACUCUUAGCCAGUGCCUUUCAACAUUCUCAUGUAGAGGUGAUUGCAUUUUUCGAUGGAACGCUUAAGAAAAAUAAAAAAUGCUCCGCCGAAUGUAAUGAUUUUCGUCAAAAAACAAAUUCGGUUUUGAAGCACAUUCGAAUGAUUGGAACACCACCUCCAAAAAUCUGGUGGUUACCUCCUUCUGGCAUUAAGACAGCAUUGAGAAAUGCUUUGAGAAGUGUACAUAUUCAAAUUGUACAAACAGUUAAUGACCAUACCAUGGAACUUAUUGAAUAUUUUCAUGAACAAAAACUUGAUGGCAUUUUAGGCCUUCAUCCCGAUUAUAUUAUAGCGAAUACGACGCGCUACUUCAGCUCCCAUGACCUGCGAUUAUCCUACAAGGGAGCCCUCGAGACCAAAGAGUUUAUGAUAUCGAAGCUUUUGGCUUCGUUAAGCCUUACCGCCGAUCAUCUGCCUUUUGUUGCUGUCUUCUUGGGUGGUUAUAUCCUAAUCGACGAAGCCAAAUGUAAAUUAAUUUACGAACGUUUAAAGAUCGAUGCUAGUUUGGACUAUGAGGGUCGGAUUCGUAAGAUUGCUGAAAUAGUUCGCAAUUCGCCUACAACAGACAUCGAUGAAUUCAUUAAGCAUUUGAGUUUGGCUGAAUUUGAGAAGGAAAUCAAAGAGUCACUGGAAUAUUACCAACGAAAGGGUAAAUUCUCAGCGAAGAAAUACCAGGGUUCGAAGAAGCGCAAUGAGCUUAUUAAGCCAGUAGCUGUGACUGAUCCACCAAUGCCAUUUGCCUCAGAAACUGCUGAAAAUGACGAAGCAGCUAAGAAGAUCUUAAGUGAUGCUGUUGCUAAAGAAGACGAAGUCAUCGAAGAAGGUUCUGCUUUGAGUGAUAAGAGCAAAACUGAGGAUAAGGAGAAAUCAAGCUCAACAGCGGGAGCUACAGCAGCGGCCACCACAGCAAGUACGCCACCUGCUGCAGCUGCUUCAACAAAUGGAGCAAAAUCUCUGCAACCAUUUGUAUACACUCUCCCAGCUGAAGUGCUAAAAACCUCUCUAAAUCGUCAUCAACGUGGCAUAAUGGAUGCAAGAAUAUAUCAACUCCUCAUAAAGAAGGAAAUUAUUCUUCCCCAAGUGCUGGAGGAUGAGCAAUAUCGAGAGAUUCCAUCGGUGCAUUUGUUCUAUAGGCCAGCUCGGCAGAUGAUAUACGCAAUUUUGUUUAACUUGUACCACCAAAAGUACCUGUGUUCAAAGAGGAACGGCAACAAUAACGACUCAUCGGAUAAAUCUAACAAGAAGGAGAAUAAGAAAGAUAAGAAGGAAGCUGCUGCAGCUGCGGCUGGUCAAAAACCACCAGAAAUUCAAGUUGCCGAAUGGAUCUGGUCUCCUCAGAAUGAAUAUAAGAAGCCAGCCCUUGUGAGUGCAACUCCACUUCCCUGGGCUGUUCCGACGAUUCAACGUUUGUGGUUUGGCAUGGCAUUCGAUGAUAAACAACGCCGCAUGCGAGCGUUCUUGACAAUCAUGCGCUCAGACUCACCGCUGAUGCUUAAUCGUGGCUAUGUCCCCCAACAUAUGCUAGUCAUGGCCUGUGUGCUAAGAUAUAUUGUGACCAGUCCUGAUCGAAAUAUCCUGACUCGCCAGGAACUCGAUGCAUUCCUUGCGACAGCAUUUUCUCAGCAAUUGCCAAUGGUUGAGAAUACUCAAGAAUUAAUUUUACCUGGUGUACAUUUGCGAGGUGUGUAUCUUGCAACAUUAUUUAUGCAAGGUGUUGAAACUGCAUCUUUGGCCAACGAUGCCUGUGGAGUGCCUCUUCCAUGGACUAUGAUCAAUCCAUGGCUAUUUUUCGAUGGCAAACUUUUCCAUCUAAAGCUGAAGAUGUCCACAUAUGUUUCGACAAUUCGAGAGUUGUGUGAUGACCAUAUUGAAAUAGUGUUGAAAAUCGAACGAUUCCGUAAAGCUAUUUUGGAGGAUGUAGAACACUUUUUACUGCCUGCAGCUCAUAUGGAUCCAAUGUACAGGCCAGGUUUACUGCCCCAACGAGCCUUAUCACAACGUGCUCUCUCAAUUCAGCAAUUCAGUAAGAAUUGUGUUGCAGCAGCAGCAGCCUCGCAAUACCACCCUCUAACUGCCGCGGCCAAUGCCAACAAUGCGAUCCUCUACAACACUCAAUCACCAUACUUCGCUCUCUCGUCUGCUCUUUUGGGUCGCGAAGCAGUAACCGGAGUAAAUCCACCACCAAACAACGGAGGACGUAACCGUAAUCAAAUGGGCAAUCGCAAUGGGCCGAAUCGCAAAGGCUAUCAACUCAAAGUCGGAGGAAUAGUUACAGGUUCAUGGGCCGGUAACAAUGCAGCCGCCGCAGCAGCUGCUUCCCGCUCACUAUUCGGACCAUUUGGUGGUAAUGGCGGCGGUGGCAAUCGCAUGGUAGGUGGUGCUGGAAAUCGUGUGGCUGCUCGCAUUGCCAUUGGAAAUCGUGGAAAAUUAAGCUUAAAUGCCCGCCUCAAUCGAAAUUCAAAUGUUGGCGGAGGAACUGUUGCAGCCGCUAACAUGGCCAAUCGCAGUUUAUCACGCACUUUUGCCAACAAAGUAAAUGCACGUAAAAGCAAUCGCAAUAAGCGAAAGGACAACCGUGUCAAGACUCAAACCAAAAACAAGAAAAACGAUGAUGCGGAAAAGAACGAUGGCGACAAGGAGGGAUCUGAGAAAGAAGCAACAACCACAACAGCAUCCAAGGGAACAGAAUCCAAUGGUUCCACAUCGCCAGACACUACAACUUCCGAAGACAAACCAGCUGUUGUUGUGGCAGUGGCUGCAAAAACCCGCUCCCCAAUCACAAUUAAAACCAAGAGUACCACCAGUACAGCCAAUACCACAUCUACAACGUCUACCACACCUACCACCCCUACAACCACCAAAACCUCAUCACCUUCUUCAUCUCCAUUGCCAUUAAAUAACGCAGAGACCACUACAGUUGCUAAAGUAGACAAAGUCACAAAGAUUGAGCCUCCAUCAUCGCCACCAUCAUCCACUGUGAACAAAUCAAAUAAAACCGCCACCGUCGCCGUCGCCAAGCUAAAAUCAUCGGCCCAAGAGGAGAAAUCCAUUGAAGCUGUUUUGGAUCAAAUUGGUUCUCUAACCAUGAAUGAGCCUGAACUCAAAAACGAACUAGUCGCUUAAGACAAAUAAGUCUAAAACACUUAUACAAAACAAAACAAAAUAACGACAAAGAAAAAAGAAGUUAAAUUUACUUUUGUUAAAGUUUAAGUGUGUUUUUAUGUGUCAAAAAAAAAAAUAGUAUAAUUAAAAAACAAACAACAAAUAGAUCGCGAAAUUCCUAAUCCUUCAUCAUGAAAAAGCUUUUCACAACACAUAAACAUGCAAACACUUCAUUGUUAUAUAUUUACUCUUUUUUAAUUUAAAUAUAUUUUUGCACAUAAAGUGAAUUUAGUUUUUUUAGUUCUUCCUUUGCGAUGCCAAUUUUAAAUCAAAAAAAAAAACUAGUUAACCCCCCGUCCUUAUCCCUUGUUCUAAUUUGGUGAAAAAUAAAAGCACACUAUCCAUGUAUACACUCUCUCUCUUUUUCCUCUUAAAACCAACCCCCUAACCCUCCUCCAAAACGUAGAACUUAUAAAAAAAUUAAACUUAUAAAAAUAAAAAACUUUUUCAAUUUAAUCUGCCGACACAUCUCAACCGUUAAAGUUCGUCCUUCCUGCCCCAAUCGGAUAUAGCUUAUUCAAUGUGAGAUCUAAAAAUCUAAAUCUUCAGUUUUAGAAGAAACACCAAUUUUAAAAUCGUGUAAAUCUUAAUCACAACAACAACAACUCCACAAAGCUUUUAUUUCUUAGAACAACUAAAUCCUUGCAUGCAAUUUAGCUUUCAAUAAGAAGAAAACCGAAACAGAAAGGAAAGAAAACGGAAACGGCUACGACGGAAAGGAUAAUGACGGGCGUUAUACAAAAUUGGUCGGUGGAUGGUGAUGAACUUAUGAAUUAUGUAUGACUUAUUAACUGCUAAAGCAUUUCAAGCACUGAUUCAGCUUUAUCUAAGUGCAACGAGAGAGUAAUUGAUAUCAAAAUAAACAAAAAUCUUUAAAACUUUAAAAAUACAUAAAUAUGAUGUGCUUAUAUAUGUUAAACUAAAUUAAUUAAAAAAAAGAAGAAAAUAAUAGAGGCAAAUUAUUCAUGAUUAUUUAUUUAUUCAUCGAAUACAAAGAAAUAAAAAUCGGAUGAUUUUGAAUUAAAUUUGAAGUCCGGUGUAUUUUCAAGGCUUACAAAGUCUAAGAAACAGAAAAUAUUUAAAAAAAAACGUUAGUUCGUACUGUUUUAAAAAAAAGUGAGUAUUAUUAUAAGCGAAUGAUGAUAUAAUUUAUGUUUAAUUUAACAAAGAAAAACAAUGUAAAGAAAGAUAAUAUUUCUUUUUGUUUUAAAUGUAAAAGUAGUGUUUGAAUACAUUUUUUGUAAUCUCAUUAAAUUUAAUAAUUAAUUAUUACAUAUUGUAUGUAAUUUAAAAAAAAUGAUUUUCUUUACAAAAUACACACACACACGAACAGUUAUAAAAAUAAUAAUAGAAAAAAAAAAUAUUUUAAUUAAAUAAAAUCCGUCGUGGGAUACGAAUUUAUUGAAGAAAACAAACAAAAAAAAAAUACAAAAAAUUAAAUAGACAAAUGUAUUUAAGUAUUUCGCCUUAUUUUGUGAUAAAAACAAUAAAACUAUUUAAAACAAUAAACAAAAAACUAUGCAAAUUAUAACUAACAAAAAAAAAACUAAGUGAAAGAUAUACGAAUGGAAAAAUAAAGCGAAAUUUGUGGCAUUAAAGAAAGCAGAAAUGAAAAACAAAGUUUAAAAAUUAAAACAAAUUAAAUAAUGUAAUUCUUUAAAUACAACAAAACGAAAAAAUACAACAAAAAACUUCGAUCGUUUCGAAUUCUUGAUUCUAAAACCGGACUUACUCUUUAAAAAAAAAACAUAUGUAAAUCAACAAUUUAAUUCAGUCGAACGAUUGAUCCAGAUUUGACGUCUCAUUAUGGAUGGCUUUUGUAAGCUGUUCCAGCGACAUUUCACUACCAUCAAUGCAAAAACACAUAAUGUGCCCUACUCAACAACUACGAAAACAUUAAUAAACAAUUUCAACACGUUAAUCCCACAUAAGGUAAUAAUAAAAAACAACAACAACAACAAAAACAAAAGUGGUGAAAAAAUACAUAGUUAGUAAAUUAAAAAAAAUAAAAACUACUUGUAUUAAACAACAAAAAAUAAAAAGCAAAAGAAAAAUACAAUUUUUUAUUUACAAUUUACAAAAUAAAAAAAAUGCAAAUCGUGUGAAAAUUAUUAAAACAAAACAACAACAAACAAAAAACCGAAAAACAAUUAAAAGAAAAUCUUUUUUAUGAUCUGUGAUGUUAUAAAUGUAUUUUUAUAUAUAUUUGUUAAUUAUAUUGUUAAACAAAAAAAAAAUGAAAUCAUAUAUAUACCGCUAUUAUUAUAAAUAUGAAAAUAACAAAACAACAGCCGAGAAAAACAACAACAAAGUUAUUUUCAACAAAAAAAAUGAAUACAAAAUAAAAGUUAAACAACAGCGUAACGAUAUUUGCAAUUACAUUAAAUGUAAUUGUACGAUUAAAGUUUUUAUUAAUAUAAAAAUUAAAAUGUUAUUAAACUAUUUUAUUAAUAUAUAAAAAAAAAGAAAUCUAAUAAGAGAAUUAAGAUCUGAAAGAAAAAAAUAAAUAAAUAAUAUAUUUAUAUAUAAAAUAAAUAAUUAAACAAAAAAAAAAAAAAACAAAUACAAAAAUAUUAAUAUUUAUUAUAUAUAUUCUUUAUAUAGAAAUAUAUAGAGAACGAAAUGAAACGAGAGGAAUGAAGUAAAUUAUCUUAUAUUCAAGCAUAGUAGAUAAAUAAAACAGCAAAAUGUUGAAUUUAAUUCAAGAAAAACAAACAAACAAACAAAAAAACAAGGAAUCAAAGAAAGAAAACUUAAAGUUUGUUAGGAAACAUAAGAUCGAAUCUUAACAUGUAUGACUGCAUCUGCCCAAAAAUUUAUAAAACAAAACUACAAAAUGAUUAAAAAAACAUCAAGUUUUAAGUAAAAUCGAAACAAAAAUAUGGUAUGAAAUGAAAAGAAUCAAAGAAAUGAAUAAAAAGCCAUAUAUUUCACAAAAAAACAAAAUAAAUAUAAAAUCAAAUAAGCAAAAGUAAAAAAGCAACCGCUAAACCCAAUAUAGCAACAGCUUAUCCAAAUAUCCAAAAGGAUUUUGAUUCAAAAUAGAAAACAAAAUUAAAAAAAUGUGUAAAUGAUUUAAGUUUAUAUACAAAACAAAAUUCAAAUUCAAUGAAAAAUUUAGAAAAACAAAACAAAAAAUCAACCUUUUUCUCUCUCCAGACAAAACCAAAACAAAAUAAAAGAAAAAUCAAAUCAAGUUUUUGAAAGUAAAACCGUGUAAUAGAAUCACUAACAACGUUUUUUCACAAACGAAUAUUGAAACACUUAUUAAUUAUUAUUAUAAUCUAUAAAAUGCAAAACUUUAAACAAAAACAAAAAGAAAAAAAAAUUAUUAACAUUUAACGUAAAAAAUAAGUUUUUAAUUUUAUUUACAUUUAUUUCAAACAAAGCAGCACACACAGAAUUUAAGAAGAAAACAAAAAGGUAUAAUACAAAAAUCGUCGCCCCUUAAAAUCGUAAUAAAAGAAAAUACUUAUUCGCGUAUUUAAGGUUAGAAGUAAAGCCUGUAGUUACACAAUUUUAAAAAUAACAAAAAGUAUAUUAAAUACUAUAUACAUAUAUUCAUUAUGUAUAUACAGAGUGAAUUAUCAGAAAAAAAAAGAAAAAACUCAUUUAUGUCGGAUGCUAAUUUGUUUUAUUUUAUAUUUAAUAAUAAAUGUUAUAUAAAAUUCAGGAACAACAAUUUUGUUUUACAUUUAGUUUAUUGUUUGCGAUAUAAAACUAUUAAACUUCAAUUUUUAUAGGUAUAUAAAUACAAAAAUGUUUUGUAUAACCUUUGAACUCACCAGGCAUGCAAACAAAAAAAAACAAAACUUCUCAAUAAAACUUAUAAUUAUUAGAAUAUACAAUAAUGUUACAAAGAAAAGAAACAAAAAACAAAAACUAUUAAAAGGCAUUCUUGACGGCCACUUUAUAAAACAAGUAAAGUAAAUUUAUUCCGCAGUGAACUUAAACCAAUUUUUUGUUUUGAAAAACUAAAGAUUUGUAUAUAUGGUAAAUUUUAUAAAA